AUGAACUUCACAGUGGGUUUCAAGCCGCUGCUAGGGGACGCGCACAGCAUGGACAGCCUGGAGAAGCAGCUCAUAUGCCCCAUCUGCCUGGAGAUGUUCUCCAAACCGGUGGUGAUCCUGCCCUGCCAGCACAACCUGUGCCGCAAGUGUGCCAAUGACGUCUUCCAGGCCUCAAACCCUCUGUGGCAGUCCCGGGGCUCCACCACUGUGUCUUCAGGAGGCCGUUUCCGCUGCCCGUCUUGCAGGCAUGAGGUUGUCCUGGACCGACAUGGUGUCUACGGCCUGCAGCGAAACCUGCUAGUGGAGAACAUUAUCGACAUUUACAAGCAGGAGUCCUCCCGGCCGCUGCAUUCCAAGGCUGAGCAGCACCUCAUGUGCGAGGAGCAUGAAGAUGAGAAGAUCAAUAUCUACUGCCUGAGCUGUGAAGUGCCCACUUGCUCUCUCUGCAAGGUCUUCGGCGCCCACAAGGACUGUGAAGUGGCCCCACUGCCCACGAUUUACAAACGCCAGAAGACUGAGCUCAGUGAUGGCAUCUCGAUGCUGGUGGCAGGCAAUGACCGUGUGCAAGCAGUGAUCACGCAGAUGGAGGAGGUGUGCCAGACCAUUGAGGACAACAGCCGGAGGCAGAAGCAGUUGCUAAAUCAGAGGUUUGAGGCCCUGUGCGCAGUUCUGGAGGAGCGUAAGGGUGAGCUGCUGCAGGCGCUGGCCCGGAAGCAGGAGGAGAAGCUGCAGCGCGUCAGGGGCCUCAUCCGUCAGUACGGAGACCACCUGGAGGCCUCCUCUAAGCUGGUGGAGUCCGCCAUCCAGUCCAUGGAGGAACCGCAGAUGGCGCUCUAUCUGCAGCAGGCCAAGGAGCUGAUCAAUAAGGUCGGGACAAUGUCAAAGGUGGAGCUGGCUGGACGGCCCGAGCCCGGCUAUGAAAGCAUGGAGCAAUUCACCGUGAGCGUGGAGCACGUAGCCGAAAUGCUGAGGACCAUCGACUUCCAGCCAGGCGCUUCUGGGGAGGAAGAGGAUGAGGAGGUAGCGUUGGACGGGGAAGAGGGCAGCGCAGGGGCAGAGGAAGAGCGGCUGGAGGGGCCGGAAGGUGAGUGUGGGCAUUGGCGGGGUCUGCCUGCUCCUUUCACUGCUCACUCUCUCAGCCUCGGCUUCGGCGACGAUCGCAUCACCAUCCAUCCCAACCUUCUCCUAAUCUGGGACCAUUUCGGGGGCGGAAGUGGAAUGAACCCCUGUUGGGCACCUCCUCGAUAUCAGGCACGGAUUCGCAAGCCCAGUGCCAAGAGGGUCGUGGGUGGUGCGGUGGCACCGGGGCUUGAGUUCCUGGGAGACUUGGGGACGAUGGGGACCGCAGGACCCUGGCUGAAAGCCGUUCUCGCGGAGCCCUCCCGCAGCAUCUGGUCCCCUCUCGCCGACCUGGGAGCCCCACUUUCCCACGGGUUUACACCCUGCUGUGGUUCCCCGCGCCCCGCAGCAGAGGCCAACGGCUCUUCGGCACUUUUAUUAAAAACUAGUAACGCGGAGAGUGCUCAGGGUGUCCCUAGGCCGCUCUAG